AUGCUCGAAUACUCACUGACACCGGAGCACCCGUUCCCCUGUCAAUUGAUUCAGGCCGUGGCAGCGCUCCGGUAUCUGCUCCUGGACAAGGAGCUGUCAGUGGAAGACAUGAUCCUAGGAGGUGACAGCGCCGGCGGCCAUCUGAUUCUGAGCCUUCUGACACAUCUAAUCUCUCCAUCGCCGUAUGCCCCCUCGCUUGAUCUCCAGGGUCGACAGUUGAAAGCAAUCGUCCUCGUGUCCCCGUGGGCAUCACUCAGCUGGCCCCAAGCCCAACAACUACCCUCCGCAAAGGGCGACUACUUGACCCGGACCGCGAUCGAGCACUUCUAUCUCAUGGCCAAGGAGCCGACGGACGACAUCUGGGCUCUGCAAUGCGAGAAAGACAAACUGCUUUCUGUGUGGAAGCAACUAUACCCGGGCCCACCCGCUGAUUCAAUCAGUCAAAAGCUGAUUCUGGCUGUUGGCGAUUUGGAGAUUCUCUAUGAAUCAUGCAUGGACUUUGGGCAGGAAAUUCUAGGUCUGGAUGUGGUUCAUGUGUGUGAUCCGCAGGAGCUUGAUCUGACGAGGCAAUUGAAUUAUGUGCUUGCGGUCGCACCGGGGGAAGCACAUGUCCAACCCGCCCUGGACUGCGCGGUUGGUUAUGAUAAUGGGAACAUGCUCCGAUCUAUACUGGGGUUUCUAGGUACUUGCUGA